AUGGAAAAUAAUACACCUUAUAUGAAUCUACUCUUUAGUCAAACUCAGACACCCGUGGACCUUGAUUCACCCGAACCUUUAUGGUUCGGUAGCCAAGGUCCUAGGGAGUCUGUUGUCCCUCCUGUAGUCGAGCCUGUAGUCGAGUCUGGUGGUGAGUCUGGUCUGAGGAGGAAGUGGACUUCGAUGGAGGAUAAGAUCCUUAUUGGUGCUUGGCUUAACACCAGUAAGGAUCCUAUCAUCAGCAAUGAGCAGAAAGCUGGUUCUUUCUGGAGGCGGAUUGUAGAUUACUACAAUGCAAGUCCGCAGCUGGUUGGGACCGUACCGAGAGAGCUAGGUUCCUGCAAGCAGAGGUGGGGGAGGAUCAACACAGAAGUAUCCAAGUUUACAGGAUGCUAUGAUGCGGCUUUGAGGGAGCAGAGAAGUGGCCAAAAUGACGAUGAUGUGAUGAAGGCGGCGUUGGAAAUUUUCUUCAAAACUACCGAGUCCAAGUUCAGCAUGGAUCACUGCUGGAGGGAGCUGAGGCAUGACCAAAAGUGGUGCUCUGUCUACGGGCCGAAGGAGGGUGGAAAGGAAAAGCGUAAACAAGUGAUUGACGUUGAUAGAGAAGAAGAGGAAGCCGGCGAACCAGAAGGUCGACCUCCCGGGGUUAAGGCUGCCAAAGCUGGUAUCAAGAAGAAGAAAAGUGGUAGAGAGGAGGAGCUGGGGAAGCUUCAGGGGGUUUUAGAAGUCAAAGAAAAAUUGUCUAGAGCUAAGAUUCUAGAUCGUUUACUCGCGAAGAAGGAGCCUUUAACUGAGAUGGAAACUAAUCUAAAAAUGAAACUAAUGUCUGAAAUGCUUUGA